CCGGGAGCGCCGGGCCGGGCGCCGGCUGCCUCAGAAUGGCGGCGCUGCGGGUGCUGGAGCUCUACAGUGGUAUCGGGGGGAUGCACCAGGCCCUGAAAGAAAGCUGCACAUUUGCAGAAAUUGUUGCUGCUGUUGAUGUGAACAAUCUUGCCAAUGAAGUUUAUAAGCACAACUUUCCCAGUACACCAUUAUGGGCAAAGACAAUUGAGGGCAUAACACUAAAAGAAUUUGACAGAUUGUCUUUUGAUAUGAUUUUGAUGAGUCCUCCCUGCCAGCCAUUUACAAGAGUUGGCCUACAAGGUGAUGUAUCUGACCCACGGACAAAGAGCUUUCUCUAUAUCCUUGAUAUUCUUCCAAGGCUCCAGAAGCUUCCAAAAUACCUUCUUUUAGAAAAUGUUAAAGGCUUUGAAUCCUCUUCUGCAAGAAAUGAACUUUUGCGAACACUAGAAACAUGUGGAUAUAAAUAUCAAGAAUUUCUCUUGUCUCCAACUCGUCUUGGCAUUCCCAACUCUAGACUGCGAUAUUUUCUAAUUGCAAAGCUUCAUGAAGAACCAUUUUCCUUUCAAGCUCCUGGUCAGAUUUUGACAAGAUUCCCAGAUCAGGAUCCACAAGACAUAUUUGAGAACAAAGCUGCUGACAAAGAGGGUGAAGUUUGUUCUUCCUUGCCUUCUGAAGAGAAGAAUCUGCACGCAAACAUUGGUCCUGAUUGCAGAACCAAGAAGAAUUUAUCAAAAGGGGCUUUUCUUUUUAAGCUUGAAACAGUAGAAGAAGUGGAAAGGAAAUAUGGUCAGGACAAUGAUUCCACUAUUCAAAUGCUAAAAGAUUUCUUGGAAGAGGAAAAUGAAGACAUGAGUCAGUAUUUCUUACCACCAAAGUCCUUAUUGCGCUAUGCUUUUGUGUUAGACAUUGUUAAACCUACCUGUCGGAGAUCCACAUGCUUUACAAAAGGGUAUGGACACUAUGUAGAAGGAACAGGCUCAGUUUUGCAGACAGCAGUAGAUGUACAGCUUGAAUCAGUGUUUAAAUACAUUGAGGAACUACCAGAAGAAGAGAAGCUUAUGAAAUUGUCAACAUUAAGACUGAGGUACUUUACCCCAAGAGAAAUAGCAAAUCUUCAUGGAUUCCCUCUGGAAUUUGGCUUUCCUGACAAAGUAACAACAAAGCAGUGCUACCGUCUGCUGGGAAACAGCCUCAAUGUACAUGUGGUGUCAAAACUGAUCUCCCUUCUACUUGGAUAAUUUAGAACCUGAAUCUGAUCACUAUGGACUGGUGGCAGAAAAUACUUCCAUCUUGCAAGAGGAAUCUGAUGGCAGCUGAACAAAAAUGAUAGCUUACCAAAAUAUCUGUCUAGACAUUUUGCCGACCGGUUCUGGUACAUUUUAAUACUUUGCUUUUUUGGUGGAUUUGCACUGUAGAGAUAUUUUAUUUAAAUGGAAAUUUCCAGAAGUUAAUUGCAUUAUUUAAAUGUCCUUUUUAGUUUACAAAAUGAAAAAAGCAGCAUUUAUAUUUAACUCAAUAAAAAUUGAUAAUACUCUUUUAUUUUAUCUUAAAACUGUCUUCUCAGUACAGUGUAAAAAGGCUGUAAAUUUAUAGCUCUUUUAAUUACACGCGGAGUCCAAGUUCUACAUGUUAAAUGUCUUAAACUGUAAAUAUCAGUGAUACCUUACUAAAAGACUGUGUGUAUGGUCUGAAAUUUUGAUGGGUUUUUUUGAAGUUAAAGCAUUCAGUAUUUUGUACAAGAUUUUUAAAAAGACUCAUUGUCAUCCUUACUUUAUGGUUGUCUCAUCCUCUUUAAAUACUUGUAGGUUUCUGGAACUCAUCUGUAUCUAUCUGGGAUGCUUUGUUUAGGUACAGUUGAAUAAAACUAUUUCAAUAUUAUCACAGCCCUGACAAUAACUUGCCUGUUUCU